CAGAGAGAGAGAGGGAGGACAGAGAGAGAGAGGGAGGACAGAGAGAGAGAGGGAGGGAAGGAAACAAGCUUUGAAUACAAAUUAGCUUCUCUCUAGUGGCACAGAUACCACACAUCCCUCUCUCUCUCUUACUCACACACGGAUACACAAUCUUCCAUACACACUCCCUCAUGAUCUGUAUUGGAAGACAGCGCAGCACAUGCGGUAAUUCCCGCCACUUAAUUGAUUAGCCCAGGCUGCUUAUUUGAAGUGGCUAAUUAGAGAGGGAGUGUGUCAAGUGUGUGAGGAGGGCUGGGGAGUCGCUGGCGUGCUUUAUCUCCGUGUGUGUGAGUGUCUGUCUGAGGAGCUCCGGUACCACGCUUCACUCUGGAGCAGGAGGACGAGAGGACAGAGUGAGUAAGGACGGAGGAGAGAAGAAGAGAAGAGAUAAAGAGGCAGCUGGGUGGGGAGAUUUUCACAGCACUUUCCCUCAUCUGACAUGGCCUCCGCAUAGGAAUCUGGUGCCACGGCAACAGAGGAGCUAAGCAGCAACGAGGUGUCUAAGGUGUGAGGAGAGAUAGAGCUGGAGAGAGGGCAGGAGAGAGAGAACGAGAGAAUGAUGGCGGCAGAGGAGGAGAAGCCAGGUUUGAAGAGCAGCAGCUCCAUCGUUCCCUGCUUCUUGUUUGUUGAGCUGGUGAUCAUGGCAGGGACGGUUCUCCUGGCGUACUACUUUGAGUACACAGACACGUUCCCCGUUCACAUCCAGGGUUUCUUCUGCUACGACAAGACGUUCUCCAAGCCCUACCCCGGCCCGGAUGAAACCAGCAAGAUACCACCACUGCUGGUCUACUCCCUGGUUACAGGCAUCCCCUGCUUCACGAUCCUGGUAGGGGAACUGGUGGCAUUCUUUCUGAAGGCUGAGGGGACGCAAGAGAAGACCAUAGUGACAGCAGACUGCUGCUACUUCAACCCCCUGCUGCGACGCAUCGUCCGCUUCCUAGGAGUGUUCUCCUUCGGCCUGUUCACCACCACCAUCUUUGCCAAUGCCGGUCAGGUGGUGACAGGAAACCAGACGCCUCACUUCCUGUCUGCCUGCCGGCCUAACUACACGGCCCUGGGGUGCACAUCCAACAUGCAGUACAUCACCCAGCCCCGCGCCUGCACUGGGAACCCCCUGGUAGUGGCUUCCGCACGCAAAUCCUUCCCCUCCAAGGACGCAGCCCUCAGUGUCUACUCUGCAGUCUACACUGUGAUGUAUGUGACGCUAGUGUUCCGGACCAAAGGCACUCGGCUGACCAAGCCUACGGUCAGCCUGACCCUGCUAUGCCUGGCCAUGCUGGUGGGAGUGGUCAAGGUGGCAGAGUACCGCAACCACUGGGCCGAUGUCCUGGCCGGCUUCUUCACUGGAGGAGCCAUCGCUGUGUUUCUAGUGACGUGUGUGAUCAACAACUUCCAGCAGACGAGGCCCCCUCCCCCUCCCCCGCGGCCCCAGCGCCCUGAGUCAGUGCUUGGCAUGCCCAUGGUGGCUCUGCCCUGUGUGGAGAGUCCACUCGAAAAACUCCGAGGGGAUCUCCUUUCACAGAGAUCACAUGACCAUCAGCCGUAUCGGUUCCCCGCCACCCCAGAUGUCCUCAUUCCGUCUCGCUCCAUUUCCAGCGAAGUCUAGACCAGCCACACGAACAUGAACACUCACACGAACACCACUGCGCCGCCCACCCGGCAGGUCGCUACUCCACCCUCUACAGAUCCUACUCCACGCAGGUCUAGACUUUCAAAACACACACGCACACAAACACAGCACACGUAGCAUACUCAGACCUCUACAAACCUCCCCCUAACCUUGUCCAAGCCCAAACCCCUGGGGAACCGAGAGGUGAGCUCUCAAAGUGAGACUCACAAAGACUUAACAGCUAUCCAGCUGAACAUUCAGUACAGUGUCAGGUACAGGAAUGCCUCUUUCAUUUUGUUGUUUCCAGAGGCUUCUUUUUUUAAUGUGCUUCAUUGUGUGAAGUACACAUUUCACUGAUAUCACAAGGUGAUGUUUCAUCUUCUACGUGCUUGUAAGGUGAAACUGUCAGAAUUCAUCAAGCUGUAUUCAUUUGAGAACUGUGUUCUUUUGUGUUUUCAACUGUCUGUUGAAGAUGUCCACCCAGGCAAUGCAGCCAGUCAUCCUGAAACACUUCAGUUAUUUGUGUCUCUGUGCACUUUUAAGAUGAAUCUAAACAACCGCUCAAUGAACACUCUCGGUUGGAUGUAGGGCUCAUUUUCAGUAUCCUAGAAUGAGCCAAUCAUCAAAUAACUGCACCAGUCAACAAACUCAAGUGAACAAAUGUUUAUGGACCUAUCACUUUCUGUAGCAACUUUAGUACUUAAUUACUGUACCUUCAAAAUACAGCAUAGAGACAACACACACAGAUCAGGAUCCUGGUCGGUCUACAUACACAGCAUUAGCUCUCUGGCAGACCUCUCUCCAGCUCUGCAUGACAUUACCCAGAUCAGAUUCUGUUCAUAUCGCUGAGAAGAAGACAAGACAACAACAAACAGGAUGAAAGUGCAGACACAGUUUAUUUUUCUCAGCUUUCGACUGGUUGCAGCUGCAGCAAGUCAACAUGAAAUAGAUACAGAUUUGGUAAGACCGGAUGAGACGCAUUUUGAAAUACAUCACAAGUGACAGGACAUGAGCUUUGUACAGUACAACAUUUUUAUUUUGCACUCAAUGUAUCUGGACAGGGAACCUUGGUUACCAAAGCUUUGUCAUUGUGAUGUCACCAAAAGAUUUGUUUACUCACACAUCACUUUUGUCUGGAAUGGAACGGAUCACAUCGGCAUGGAACGGAACACCACACUGGAAAACCAAGAUUCCCUGUCUCUGUGCUGUAGAGAGAUAUUAUUUACAAUGGACUUUGCCUAUUCAUGUGAUUAUGUGAUUUAUUUAUGAUGAGAUUAUUCAUAGAUGUAUUUAUUUGAUAUGUGUAUAUAUGGUGUGGUUGCCACAGAAAACAGUUUUGCUGAUUUUGAUUUGCACAGCCCUCACUCAUAUCUCACCCUCCACUCUCCACUCUCUCCCACUGGCAUAUAUUUUUCUACUGCUGUUUGGUUGUCUUCUUUGUGUUGUAUCCUGACUAUACCGUCACUGGGCUGUGUAAUGUUUCCCUCUGUUGGACAACACACAUACUCACACAUGAAAACGCUCAUACGAAAACACACAUUUAAUACUGACAAACUGACCAAAAUACACACACUUUUGGACGUGCAUACAACAUACACAUACUCACCCUACCAAACAAACACACACAUACACACUCACUUACCUCUCCUAAUCUCUAGCCUAUACCUCCCAUCUUUUCCACUUUCUUACACUUAAACCUGUUUGUAUGGUUUUGUAAAUAGUUAUUUUUUGUAAUGAGAACGUGAUUUUUACAGACACCCCACUGCACUCCUUACAUUAAGUUGUUAUAGAGAAACGGGAACAUUUGUCGUAUCAACUGUAUUACUAAAGACAAAAGUGUAUGUAAAGGUCCUUGUCCACUCUAAAUCAGGCCUGGAUCAGACCUGUCCUCAUCCCAAACUGGCAGCCAUUCUGCAUCAAACCAGCUGCCCUCCCGGACCAAGGUUGGAGUCAACAGAAGAUGGCCCGUGGUGUUAUGCUAACAUUAGAAACCCCCCAUGGUUUAGUUUCUCUUGUAAUAGUUCACCUGCCAGCCCAUACUGUAUACACCACAGUCAGUAAACUAGGAGGAAGUGCACUGUAUACUAUCACAGUAUUGAGGGGGUCUGUCACAGUAUUGAGGGGGUCUGUUGCUUUUACAUUUAAGUCAUUUAGCAGAUGCUCUUAUCCAGAGCGACUUACAGGAGCAAUUAAGGUUAAGUGUCUUGCUCUAGGGCACAUCGACAGAUUUUUCACCUCGUCGUCUCGGGGAUUCAAAACAGUGACCUUUCGGCUACUGGCCCAACGCUCUUAAAUGCUAGGCCAAAACUAACGGGAGCUACAAAAAACUACACAGAUGGCUUGAUUAGGUUUGGGUCCGAAUGUGUGUUCCUUGGAGCACAGACAAUACAUCUGUAGUUUAAUUUAGUUAUAUUUUAUUGGCUAAAAGAUUUUUUUUAAUAAGACGAUGAACAAUGCAGUAACAUGUACAAAAAUUUGUUCUUUGGAGGUGAUCUGAGUUUUAACACUUCAUUUCAUCUUGUUACAACGUACCCUCUGUUUUGUAAAGAUUUGUCUGAUGAGAACAAUAAAUGGAUAUUGCAAUAAAAAGGAUGCUGAGUGUUA